AUGGCCGAUGAAGAGCGUCGGAAGAGGGAUGAAGAAGAUGAGGACGAAGAAGAUCUCCUCGCCGCCCUCGAGGCUGAGGAAGAUGACCCCAAAUACCGCGCCAAUCGCAUAAAACAGCUCCAGUCCGAACUCUCAGACACAAAAUCCAACGCCCAACAAUCCAAUAAUACUACACACGAUGCCGAUAAGUCAGAAGCCACUUCGCUAUCUACAGGAACAGAUGCAGUUGUAACGACCAUGCUCAAUAACUCUCUCUAUCCCACACUCCCAAACGACCAAUCGCUCCUAGAUUUCUCCACGCAAAUACACCGCUGCGUAAUUCACUUCUUCCACCCUGACUUCGCCCGUUGCAGCAUAAUGGAUAAACACCUUACAACCCUCUCAGAAGCUCAUAAUAAGCGGGGCAAAGAUGACGCACGCUUCGCUCGAGUCGAUGUGCGGAACAUACCAUUUAUCGUUGAGAAGUUGAAAAUACGAGUUCUUCCAUGUGUUCUUGGAUUUAUCGAUGGAGCUGUGGUGGAGAGAAUAACGGGAUUCGAAGGGCUGGUUGAUAUGAAUGCUUUAAUGGGGAAGAAAGGUUCAGAAAAGACCACUGGUGAAGAUUUCAAGACAAGUAUGUUGGAAUAUAGACUUGUUCAGACUGGGCUGUUGAAGAAUGCGGUGUUGUAUGGGGAUAAUGCCGACGAUUACGAUGACGAUGAUAGGGACGAUGAUGAAGAUAACGAGAGAAUGGGCAAGAGGAAAACUAUACGGACGGGGAGGACGAUGAGGAGACGAGGGGGUGAAGAUGACGAGGAUGAUUGGGAUUGA